ACUGCAUACUGCCCCACCUUUUCCCCAAAUCCCUUCUCUCUCUCUCUCUCUCUAACCAACAACUGCAAACCGCCCUCUUUCCCCUCUCUCUCUUCUCUCUCUCUCUAACAAACAACAGAAAAUCAGACACUUCCUCCCAUCCCCAUCUCUCUUCUCGCUCUUCAGCCAAUUUUCCAUUUUCCUCCACCUGUAUUCCCUCUCUGUCUUCUUGCUCUCUCACCAACUCCAUGAAAUCUUAGCUCCACCACACAAAAAAAAAAAAAAAAAAAACAAGAAGAAGCUCAUAGAUGGGUAAGUACAUGAGGAAGGCUAAGACUUCAGGUGACCUAGCUCUCAUGGAGGUUGGCCAGUCCUCUCUCGGCGUUCGGACCCGAGCCCGAACCCUAGCUCUCCAGAGGCUCCAGAAAUCGGCGGCUGCUGCUUCCUCCGGUGGUGGGUCUUAUCUCCAGCUCAGGAACCGGAGGCUCGAGAAACCCCCAAUCUUUGUUGAUUCGAAGAGGCAGAAGCAAAACCCUAAAGAGGCUUGCUUGCAAAACCCUAACCCUAACCCUAAUUCGAGUUCUAGAUUAAGGGUGGGUUCUUUGAAUUCUGGGUCUGGUGGGUCGGUAUCGAUUGAUUGUUUGAAGAACAAAGAGGGUGGGGCUAAGGAGGAAGAGAAUCAAGGAAACAAAAAUGUUGAUGUGGGUGGUGCUGAAACUUCGUUUGGAGAAAAUGUGCUGGAAUUUGAAGGUACAGAGAGGUGCACCAGGGAAAGCACACCUUGCAGUUUGAUAAGAGAUCCAGAGAGCAUAAGAACCCCUGGUUCUACUACUAGGCCUACUUGUUCAACUGAGGCCAACAGGAGAGUGCAGAAUCCCAUGCCAAGGCCCAUCCCGACCGCCCAUGAAAUGGAUGAUUUCUUUGCCGGUGCAGAAAAACAGCAACAAAGACAAUUUAUUGAGAAGUACAACUUCGAUCCUGUGAAUGAUGAGCCCCUCCCCGGACGUUAUGAAUGGGUGAAAGUGGAUCCAUAGGUGUCAUCAAGACUUCUUCUCCUGCAAAUCCUCUGCUGAUCGUUAACUUAGCCUAGUUGAAAACAGUUGUUUUAGUUUUCAUGGUGAUGGUGGUAUUUUCCAUUUCCCAUCACCUUUCUUAACUUGUAAAGAAAUUAGGGCUGUUACUUAUCCCCAAAAAAAAAGAAAAAGAAAAAGAAAGUAGGGCUGUCAAUGGUUAGUAGUGUAGACUAAUGAUCUGUAACAUAACAAAGCUUGUGAGUAACAUAACAAAUACAACAAGGUCCUUUGUCUAACAGAUCAUCUAGAGAGGGGAAGGGAAAUAGGGUUUUUAGGGUUAGGGUUCAAUGAAUUAGAUCAGUCUUAGCUGGUACAGAAAUUUACUUGGUUUUGGUUUUGUUUUUGUCAGUGUCCUGUAUUUUCCUCCCCUUUGUUGUCUAUACUUGUAGUGAUGGAACUCUUUGGAAUAAUUAUAAUCAUGUACCCAUUUCCCCCCCACUUA